AGUGAUUCAUGCUGUCUUGUCCGUGUCGGUGUGGAUGAUUUAUAUGUUUUUCCCGUGUGAUUUGUUAACUUCCAUUGAUGCUUCGCCAAAGAAAACGUGUGGAUAUCGUCAAGAGUCUGGAUGCCUUCCCGCAGAUCCGUGAGAAGUACACAAAAACCACGAGAAUCGGCGGAACACUGUCCAUCAUAAGCCGCACUGUGAUUUUCUACUUGAUCUGGAAGGAGAUCAACUACUUCCUGGAGAGCAAGCUCAUCUUUAAGUUUGCUCCUGACGCUGAUUUGGACACCAAAUUGCAGAUAAACAUUGAUCUCACAGUUGCAACGCCUUGUGCACGGAUCGGGGCGGAUAUCUUUGACUCCACGCACCAAAAUGUGUUCUCAUUCGGGAGUCUGGAAGAGGAGGAUACGUGGUGGGAACUGGAUGGGAAUCAGCUAACGCACUUCCAGUACGUUAAGCAUCUCAAUUCGUACUUGAGGGAGGAAUAUCACUCUCUGGCGCACAUUCUGUACAAGAGCGAUUCCAGACACUUCGCCGCAAUGCCUGAGAGGGAAGUGAAGCCGGACAAGCCUUUCGAUGCAUGUCGAAUCCACGGAACACUCACGACAAACAAGGUUUCCGGGAACUUUCACAUCACGGCCGGCAAGAGUAUUCACUUCCCAAGGGGGCACAUUCACCUCAGCUCCAUCUUCGAUGAUACACCGCUCAAUAUGUCGCAUCGCGUGAACAGAUUCAGCUUUGGGCCGAUGAUGCCGGGCAUCGUUCAUCCCCUGGAGGGAGACGAGAAGAUCAUCGCGGACAGCACGACAAUGGCACAAUAUUUCCUGGAAGUUGUGCCAACGGACAUUCACUCUCUGCUCUCCGUCACCAAGACAUUCCAGUACUCCGUGAAGGAAAACUCCCGACCAAUAAAUCACGAUAAGGGAUCCCACGGAAUUCCUGGACUCUACUUCAAGUACGACGUGGCGGCGCUCAAAGUGAUCGUCCGUCACGAUCGUGACAAUCCCGUGCAGUUCAUCGUGCGACUGUGCUCCAUCAUUGCGGGUAUCGUUGUGAUAUCCGGCUUUAUCAACAACAUUCUGCAGCAUCUCUGGAGCUUCAUACAAUUCAUGCAUCCCAGUGUCGCUGAGUCAAUGCAAAAUGGAAAGACGCACAACGCUGAGCGAGUUGAGAAUCUCUAGACUAUCGGCGAUUGGAUGAAUAGUUCGAGUGUCAAUUCCGGCCCGUGGCGCUGUGCAAUUGGGAAGUGCCAAAGAACAAUGUGGUGCGUCCACUGCGGCGCCGGGGCUCCACGAAAAUCAU